ACUACUAAUUCUGUCUGAUCCUCCUCAUUAUCUAGCCGACUAGCAGAAAUAGUGCUAAAUACCUGAAGGUGACUCCUGCUGAGUGCUUGGUGCCAACAGUGACUACCGUAGGUAAAGAGCCAUGACUUGCUGGAGUGACUCUGACCUGCAGCAUUAAGUGCAGUUUUCCUGGAGGGGUCCCCUGCAGUGCAUGUUGCCCACAGUCACUUUGGGGUGGAGUCAUCAGGAUUGCUGAGCGCUGCUCUCUGGGCCGUUGCUGCAGUGGUCUGUAGAAGAUUGCAGCGGUUGCGGGUGUCUCUAGGACACUGAUGGCCGCUCUGCAGGACGUUCUGCUGGCUCUGCAGGUUGAUGUGUGGUAACCUGCCCUGGGUGCUGCAUCCCGCCUCAGUCACCUCCAUAGGCAACAGGAAUGUCUACUCCGCAUUCCCAUGCACAAACAUAAACCAUCCUUGCUACAGCCUAGAACAGGCAGCCGAGGAGGCCUUUGUGAGCGAUGCGGAGGACGUGUUUCCCGGCACCGAGUGGGAGCGCGUGGCCCAGCUGUGUGACUUUAACCCCAAGGCUAGUAAGCAGGCCAAGGACGUGUCCCGCAUGCGCUCGGUGCUCAUCUCGCUCAAGCAGGCUCCCCUGGUCCGCUGAGAGAGCGCGGCGGGAACACCAAUGCAAUACCCUGACCUUACUCAGAGGAGCGUGCUUGCAGUAAUUGCAUUAAUUGUUCCUGUGUAAUGGGGGUUUUGUUUUUUUGUUUUGUUUUUUUGGACCAAACCUCACAAUGUAUCUAAAGCUGAUCAUUGUUUGAUUGCAUGUCUUUCCUCAUGUUUCCUUCCUGUCUCUGGAAUGGGGAUACCCCAAAUUUGUAGUCUCUCCGUGCUGUUGUGCACCAAGAUGUCACUUCCAGCAUUAUUACUGAUAUUAAAGAUCUGUUAAACAGCAA